AUGCGCUUGAAGAGUGUCUCUUAUUUAGUUAUGGUGAAUGGAGUACCGUAUGGGAAGAUCCAUCCAUCUCGAGGACUUAGACAAGGGGACCCAUUGUCCCCUUAUUUGUUCUUGAUUGUGGUGGAGGGUCUUAGCUCUUUACUAUCCAAGGCAGUCAUGGAGAAUCGGCUAACAGGAGUCCCUAUUUCGGCAGGAGGAUAUAAACUAAGCCAUUUGUUAUUUGCCGAUGACUCUCUUCUUUUUUGUAGGGCUUCUAUGGAGGAAUGGGAGAACCUGUUUCAGGUGUUGCACUUGUAUGAGCAAGCAUCCGAGCAGCAGUUGAAUGCGGUGAAAACGUCCAUUUUUUUCAGUAAGAAUACAAGUUCCAAGUUCAGAGCUUUCAUUCAUAAUUAUGCGGGAAUUCCUGUCAAUGCUAGCUCUGAUAAAUAUCUAAAGCUGCUAGCGAUGGUGGGUAGAUCCAAAACUCGCACAUUCAAUAGCCUAUGUAGCCGGGUCCAAAAGAAAUUAGACGGGUGGAAGGAAAAAUUCUUGUCUUAA